AUGCAAACAAGUAAACACAUUACCUUCUGCAUGUCUGAUAUGAAAGUCCAGUUAUGCUCAUUGUGGUCUCCCAAGUCCUUAGUUGUUAGAGCAGCAGCGUCGGACUCGGAUGAAUCCGCUAACAAGAUUGCUCCUCUUCAGCUCGAGUCCCCGAUUGGACAGUUCCUUUCUCAAAUUUUGAUCAAUCACCCGCAUCUCGUGCCUGCUGCGGUUGACCAACAGCUUCAACAGCUCCAAACUGACCGUGAUUCUGAAUCUGAUCCCAAUAAACAAAAUCAAGAUCCUUCUUCUUCCUCCACUGAUUUAGUUUUGUACAGGAGGAUUGCUGAGGUGAAGGCUAAUGAAAGGAGGAAAGCACUGGAAGAGAUUUUGUAUGCACUGGUGGUGCAAAAGUUCAUGGCUGCUAACAUUUCCCUCAUACCCUCCAUAACCCCAGACCCAACCGGUAGAGUUGAUUCAUGGCCAAAUGAUGAUGAGAAGCUUAAGCAGCUUCACUCAUACGAAGCAUAUGAGAUGCAACACAAACAAAGAGGUUCAAUCAAUGACAGUGUCACAAAAAUAGAAACCCUCAUCAGCGAUUACAAUGUCACCAUUUGCAACAUACACAAACAAUCUUAA